AUGGGUUGUGCAGCCUCCAAGCCUGACCCGAAAGUCAAAGAGGCAGACAUUCAAAAUGACAAAAUCGAUAGACAGAUACGAUCGGACAAAAAGAGCGAAUUAAGAACAGUUAAGAUACUACUUCUUGGUGCUGGAGAAUCUGGCAAAUCUACCAUCAUCAAACAGAUGCGAAUUAUACAUUCGAGUGGCUUCCAGGAAGACGAAAAGAUUCAUACUCGAUCAGUUAUUUACUCCAAUAUCCUCGUGGCAUGCAAGGUUCUGCUCGAGAUCGUUGACUCCCAAAAGAUAGCGUUCGAGCAUGAAUCCACAGAAAUUUAUGCUGCUGUCAUUGAGGAAGUGAACCCAGAUGCCAACGCAGAAAUUGUGUUCCGAAACAGUAAUGUAAGAGAGGCCUUGUACAGGCUCUGGACAGAUGCAGGUGUACAAAAGGCUGUGGCAAAAGGACACGAGUAUGCACCCAAUGACAAUAUGCAUUAUUACUUUGACAAUCUCGAUCGUCUAUUCGAUCCGAAUUGGAUGCCAACGGACCAAGAUAUACUUCAUGCUCGUUUGAGGACAACUGGCUUAACCGAAACUUUCUUCGACCUAAAAGACAUUUCAUUCAGAAUGAUGGACGUCGGUGGUCAAAGGUCUGAAAGAAAGAAGUGGAUACAUUGCUUCGAAGGUGUCCAGUGUCUGCUAUUUUUGGCCGCGUUGUCAGGUUAUGAUCAGUCUUUGCUUGAGGAUGUCAAUGCAAACCAAAUGCACGAAGCCUUGAUGCUUUUCGAAUCAUUGAUCAAUAGUGACUGGUUCAAGGAUAAACCAAUCAUUCUAUUCCUGAACAAGAUCGACCUCUUCCGAGACAAGCUGAAGAAGUCCCCUAUAAGGUUGCACUUUCCUGACUACCAGGGCUCGGACACAAAUGAAGUUACAGCGCGACAAUUCUUUGCAAAUAAGUUUCGAGCAAUUAACAAGAACGCGAACCGUGAGAUUUACAUCCACUUUACAAACGCGACGGAUACCAACCUGCUUCGAACGACUAUGCAAUCAGUCCAAGAUAUCUUGAUUCAAAAACAGCUCAAUCGACUUAUUCUUGUAGGGCGAGCCUUAGGGAGUGAGAGGAUGUUGGUACCUACCCCGACCACAGACAUGCGAAAACCUCAAAGCCUCGACAAAACAGCCUAA